UAAUUUACCGUAAUUCGGAUCCGUUAAGGUACUGAAGGACUCACAGCUGAACCAUGAACAUAAGCAAAGUAACCAUGGAUGCAAUAAAAUUAGCAAAACGUACUCUUCGUAAUGAGUUGCAAGAUUUAAUUAAUAAAAUUAGUAAUGAAGAAAAAAUACGACAAUCUAAUGCCGUUUACAAUAAGUUAAUUAAUACACCGGAAUUUAAAUCAAGUGAAAAAAUAUCAGUCUACUUAAGUACUGAAAAUGAAAUAAAUACAAUACCAAUUUUGGAGUACUUAUUUAAAAAUAAUAAACAAGUUUUCGUACCAAAAUAUCAAGGCAAAAAUAUGAUGAUGGUAAAAUUAUAUUCAAUGGACGAUUACAAUAAAUUGCCGCUUACCAAAUGGAAUAUUAAACAACCCGCUAAUGAUGACAAUACACGAGAAGACUGUUUUGAAACAGGUGGAUUAGAUUUAAUAAUUUUACCUGGUGUUGCAUUCACGAAUACGGGAAAGAGAUUAGGACACGGGAUGGGAUAUUAUGAUAAAUUUAUCGAGAACUGCAUUAAAUCACAACAAAAGAAACCAUUUUUAGUUGCGGUGGCUUUUAAUGAACAAAUUAAAAUAGACAUUCCUACUACUGAUAAAGAUAUGAAUCUCGAUAUGGUGAUAACAGAAAAAUCAACAUAAAAAUUUUUAAACGAUAACCCGAAAAAAAAAGUUUGAAAAGCGCCGACUAUUUUUAAACAUCAAGAGUCACGCAACGAAGAACUUUUUUGUAAAAUUUUUUUAAACUUUUAAAGUAGAAGUUCAAGGGAAAAAUCAGUGAUUAAUUGAUUACUAUUAAAAAUGAUACUGAAAGUAGGAGACAAAAAAAUUUAUUUGUUGUAGAUAAACAACUAAAACAGUCAUAGAAAAAAUUUUUGUGAUUCGACUGCUUUUGGGAAAGCCCGGAGGAGAGCCUAAAAUUUUCGGCUGUCAUAUUAGCAUCUAUAAGCGAAACAUUUCAGAAAUCUAGUCAUCCAAUAGAUUGUUUUCUUUAAAAUUUUUUCUUCAUUGUUUGAAAAACUUGUGAUCUUCAGAAACAUGAAAAAUUUUUUUUACUUGCAAUUUAUUUACAAAAAUUAAAAAAUUGUGUCUGCUACUUUCAGUAUCAUUAUCAGAAUAUGUUUAAAAAUAAAAGAUUCAAAAAUAGUUUUUUCUGACCGUAUUUACACUGAAAAAAAUUAUGAAACCUGACAUUUUUAAUGGAGAGUCAAAAAAGUUUAAAAACGUUCAUUUAUUAGGUUCCAUAACAAUUGAUCCCACUGACAAUUAAUUUUCUAGUUCAUCAGUUUCGUCAAGAUUUUCAUAACUAUUAUUAUCAUCAUCUUCAAAACCUUCAUAUUCAUAAUUUUAAACCGAAUGUCGAUGGGAUCAAUUUGUAGGAGUCACUUGUGGUAUAAAAUUGUUAGGAUCAGUUUACGGCACACCCAUUUAUCGUAAUAAAUAAAUUGUUUUUUUAUUUCUUUGCAUUUUCAGAAAUUUAAAAAUCGUUUAAAAAAAGUUGGUUAACAAUUCAUCUUGAUCACGUCCAGAAAAUUUAAAUAUCUAAAAUGUAUCACGGGUAUUAUGGACAAAUUGAUCGAUCAAUUAAUCAAACAGUAAUUUGUUGAACGACGUUUCGUCACUUUAUUAUUGUGACUUUCAAGUUUUUAUAGUUCAUUAAUAUGUCACGUUUCGGUUUAUAAUUUUCAAUGCUUUUUAAUAAAUGACUGUGAAUGUACCAGACAUUAAACAAAUUUAAAGUUAUAAGUAAAUAAUUUAUUUUUAAAUUUUUUAAAUGCGCAUUUUUUUAAAAUUUUAUUUCAUUAAUUAUUUACUCUAUUUAUUGAUAAUUUUAAAUUUGUCUAAUGUCUGCUACAUUCACACUCAUUUUAAUAAAAAUAAUAUAAAUUAAUUAAAAAUUUAUAAA